GAGUUUUGAUAUUUGAUUUGAUGAAAUCUUGUCCUUCGAUAACUGUUUUAGAAUCGCUUUUUGAUUUUUAAUUUUUAAUUAUAAUAGAUAGAUUUUCAAUUUUGGCUUUUAUCUAUUAAUUUAAUAGUUUUUUUUGGGCUGAAUUUAUUGAUUUAUAUAAUUUUUUUUGGUUGAUGAAUGGAUCAAUUUUUCUGAUAUAGUGGUCACUGCAACAGGCAGGAACCACUUGCCAUUCCGAGUCUCAAUUUUUUUGCACAAAGAGCUUCUUCAAUCAUUGCUGUAACCCUUAUGGCUGUGUCUUUGUCACGUUUGUCUUGGUGGUUAUGGGGUGGUAGUAAGGAAAAGAAGCAUGUUGUUGAUGACAAUUCAUCUUCUGAAUGGAGUUUUUCAUUGAAAGAAAGUGAGUCUUUGAAGUUCCCUUCUGUGAAGGGAACAGAUAAAAGGAAGGUUAAAAAGAAGUGGCGGAGUAGGGAAGAGAAGAGGGUCGAUAGAGAGUGUGAUGUUGUUUUGGUAUCAUCUGAUGGUGGUGGUGGUUGUUUAUCAGGCUCGGAAUCUGAUGACUCAGAUUGGUCUAUUGGGUGGUUAGAGCCUCAUGGUUCUGAUUUUCAGAGUGAUGAUGAGUCUGAUAGUAGUUUUGCUGUUUUGGUUCCUUGUUAUAAGCCUGGCUGCAAGGAAGUGGAGGGAUCAAAUAAUCAUCUUUUGACUGCUAUCAAGAAUCUGCCAAAUGAGUUUUCUUCUGCUGGUAACAAUUACAUGGAACAAUGGUUGGCUUCACUUCAGAAAAUUUGAAGCAUAAAAACAACUUCAUGUGUGUGUGUGAACAUCGAUUUCGAUCAAUGGGUGCGCCAGGGAAGAAUUUCUACUGCGUUUCCAAACACACACAGCUUCAUCUUUUAUAACUAAGGACCUUUCUGACCACCUUCUUUAAGUAAAGAAGGCAAAAAUAAUUCAUUAUGCAUCCAAUGUAAUUUUUUGUACAUAGAUUUCACUUCUCUUAUUGUAAAAGCCCAAUUUGCACUGCAAAUUUUGGAGCUAGAACAUAUAACCAUAUGGACACU